UAAAGGGAGCCUUCCAACGCUCGGAGCUGGGUGCCGUCGUAGCGGUGAGUGUGUGUAACUGAAUUGCGGAGCUUAAGCCCAGCGGACUAAGAGCGAUAUGCCUGCAAAUAAAGAUGACGGCGGCUGGAAGAAGUUCCUAUGGAACUCGGAGAGAGGGGAGUUCAUGGGUCGCACCGGCAGCAGUUGGUUCAAAAUCUUUACUUUCUACGUCAUCUUCUAUGGCUGUCUCGCUGGCAUCUUUAUUGGCACCAUCCAGGCCCUGCUGCUUACCCUGAGUAACUACAAGCCCACCUGGCAAGACAGAGUCGCACCACCUGGCCUCUCACACACCCCACGGUCGGAAAAAUCUGAAAUGUCCUUCAACUUAAACGACGUGGAGACCUACCUGCCCUACACUAAAGCUUUAAAGGAUUUCCUGGCAAAGUACGAUGAUGAAUUUCAGAAAGAUCAGAUGAAGUUUGAAGACUGUGGAGAUGAGCCUGCAGAGUACAAGAACCGCGGUGACUUGGAGAUGGAUGUGGGCGUCAGGAAGGCGUGCCGUUUCUCCAGGACUCUGCUCGGCCCUUGCUCUGGUAUUGAGGACCGUGACUUUGGGUUUAAGGAAGGCAAACCCUGCCUGAUUGUGAAGUUAAACAGGAUUGUGAACUUCCGUCCAAGGCCUCCUACCUCAAAUGAGAGCAUUCCUGUCGAUGCUCAAUUCAAGGUCCAACCCAAUGUGAUUCCUAUCCACUGCACCAACAAGAGAGAGGAAGAUGCCGGGAAAAUCGGAGAGGUUAAAUACUACGGCAUCGGUGGCGGCUUCCCCCUGCAGUAUUACCCUUACUAUGGCAAGCUGCUGCACCCCCAGUACCUGCAGCCGUUGGUGGCACUGCAGUUCACCAACCUGACCACAAACACUGAACUCCGUGUGGAGUGCAAAGUGUACGGCGACAACAUCGAUUACAGCGAGAAAGAUCGCUUCCAAGGACGCUUUGAUGUCAAGUUCCAGGUCAACAAUUUAUGACUGCCAUCACAGCAGUAGUACUUUGUCGCCCAAAAGCCAUCGUCAUCCUCGCCCUGUUCCGUCUCUUUUUUUUGUUGUUGUUGUUGUUGUUGUCUGUAGCUGAAUCUUAAACAUAGAGAUGAUAGGUGGUAAGAGUGGGAGAGGGUUAGGUUUUAGCGGAUAUGUCAAUCAUAACUAGUCUUUAAAUGAUACAAAAACAACGGAGAAAGCAGAAAAUGGUACGUAAAUUGUUCUGCUUUUAUCACUAGCUUCCACACUUAGCAUUUAGACUGUAAUUUAGAGAGAGUAGCAGUAGGCCUAAUGAUAAAUAUUUAUUCUCCUGUAAACAACUUUUUUCCACAAGCCAUGGGACAAAUGUUCAUCAACAAGUGUAAAAGUCUGCUCAUCGCUGCCUUGUGUGGCUUCAGUAGAUGUUUCUGGAGCGUUUGUUAGUCAAACUCUGCUUCUUCAACACUGCGUAAUUAUAAACUUUGUGAGCAAGUUCUAGGCUUAGCAUAAAUGUGCGUGAAUGUUGCUAUGAGUGAUUGAAAUAGUUUAAUGUUCUGACCUGUUUUUUUUAAAAAAAAAUCACUCCAGGGAAUUUCUUUUCUCUUUUUAUUCACACUUGAUCAAGGGAGACCCUUUUUACUUUUGCCUUACAUUUUCUUUUUGUGCUUUUUAAAUCACCUAAACCAUGUGAAGGGAGUUUUAUAACUUGGUUUUAAGCCUUUUGAUUACUUCUUUUGCCUUGAAUGUAGAGUUGUGUCUAACCUUUGGCCUACUGUAAUGGACAGUGGUGCUAAUGAGUUUUUGAGAUGAUAAAUAUAUAUAUAUAUAAUAUUUUGUUGCUGGAUUAUUCACAGCAAUAUGCUGUGCGUACCAGAAUGUCCUUGAACACAGUGGGAGAAUUUUAUAUAUUUAUGCAGCUGUACAUGUUUGUUUCCUUGCAGAAAUCUAAUAAUGUAUAAAUGCAAUACCAAAGUGAAGGCAGUUUUGAUCCGAAGGAAUGCAGUGACAAAUUGUUAGGAUUUAAUCCCAUCAAGUGCUAUAAAGUGCUCGGUGUCUAUUCUCACCUUGGCCUCUAAACUCUGGAUUUGUGUUUUUUAGUCAUGAAUGUAGUUCUGUGUAGAAAGAACAACUUAUCGGGCCACUUAUUUUCCCAGUGCAUUUUAAAUAAAAGAGAUGACGUUCUGACAGAGCUCAAGGCUUUAGAAGACAAACCAUUUUUGGCUUUAAUGUUCCAUGAGGUCUGUUAUCCACCUUUGUCAUCCAAUCAAAGAUAGAAACAAAUAAAAUCUUAAUGGAACCUAA